CCCAACACACUUGUGCAAGCCACUUCACUCUCAGUCCACUCACCAGCAGAGCAGUAGUAGUAGCGAGAUGGCUCCCAAGCGCCGCGGCAGCAAGGUGGUGAGCUCCGUGGUGAAGACCAAGGUGGUGGAGGAGACCGUGGAGGUCGCCACCACCAUCCUCCCCGCCUCCCAGUCCCAGUCCCAGCCCGACUCCGCCGCCCAGGAGGAGGACCUGCAGCAGCCGGAGGUCGUCGACGUCUCCCGCUCCCGCGACGUCCACGUCGAGGUCGUCACCACCCCCGACGCCCAGCCCACCCACGGCGCCAAGAAGCAGCCCGCCUCCAAGAGGGGCGCCGCCAACGCCAAGCCGCCGGCCGGGCCGCUGGUGGUGCCGGUCUCGCCGUCACCACAGGAGCAGGAGGCCCAGCCGGCGGAGGAGCAGCAGCAGCAGCGCAAGAAAGGUGGCGGCAAGACGCCGGCGUCGCUGCAGAGCCAGGAGACGCAGGAGAACCCCUACGCGUACCAGGACGAGACCACCAAGAAGAGGCCUGCAGAGGAGGACGACGGCGCUGAGCCUAAUAAGCCGGAGGGCCCCGAGACGCCGACGCAGAAGAGGUCCAGGACCGAGGGCAAGGCCAAGACGCGCAAGGCGGAGGCCGCGGCGAGGAAGAAGCUGUCCGCGGCGGCGGGCAAAGGAAAAGGCGGGCGCCGCCGUCGUCGUCUGGGAGGGAACAACGUCGACAUGGGGUACAAGGCGUACGUGUACCGGGUGCUGAAGCAGGUGCACCCGGACCUGGGCGCGUCGGGGAAGACGAUGCAGGCGCUGGACAUGAUGAUGGCGGACAUGUUCGAGCGGCUGGCGACGGAGGCGUCGCGGCUGGCGCAGUACGCCGGGCGGGCCACGCUCACCUCCCGCGACGUGCAGAACGCGGUGCGCCUGGUGCUCCCCGGCGAGCUCGCCAAGCACGCCAUCUCCGAGGGCACCAAGGCCGUCACCAUGUACAUGUCCUGAAGGCCCAAACAUCUCAAAGAUCCACCCGUCGGUCAGAAGCAGAGGGUGCAUGCUGGUAGUAGUCAGUUCGGUUUAGUUGUGUUUCCGUGGCAUGGUUCGGUCUGGACUUUUGCAAUGCGGUAGUAGUUUUAAGUUGGUGGCUGAUCGAUGAUGUAGUCUAGUUAGUUGGUUAAUUACUAGUUACUGUUGAAUGUUGAUGUAGUGGCGCUAGCGCUUAAGGUUCAACUUAAACUGUUGGUCAUGUA